UCUAAUGCAGCAUCUCAGUGACAGCGCAAAAAGAGAGAGGGAGGGAGCAGACAUGCGCCAGCCCCGCUAAUCUCUCCGCUAAUAUUGCGGAUUUGGACGCGGCUAUGGAGGAGCCCGCAAAGGAAGCUCUUGCAGGGUGAAGCUGACCAGUGAAGUCCGGGGGAGGCUCCAGAUUUGCUCCUUGGUAUUUCUCGUUGCAUGGGGAGCUGCUGCCAUGGCUUGGCCAUGCAUCAGUAGGGUCUGCUGCCUCUCUCGCUUCUGGAGCCAGUUGGACAAGUCGGAUCUCUCGGUACCAUUGACUGUCCAGAAUUAUUCCGAGGUCAUAGAGCAGGAGGUGAGAUCGGUGGCCCAGCAGGUGCCCCCAGACUCGUCCCUAAAGAGCAACCCGCCCCUGGUGUCCGAGCCCCGAAGAGCAGAAGACGCCGUCCAGGAGUCCGUCUCCAAACACGACUUCAGGUCUUGGAAGGUGCGCAGAGAGGCGAGCUGUAAACCCAAGCGGGAGUACCAUCCGUCCGAGGUCCCGUUCUCCAGCGACACUCAAUACAAACUCGAUUUCAGAGCCUGGCCAAUCCCCAAAAAGGAGAGUUAUCCCUGGGUAAAGGGAGGGCAGGAACAUCGCUCCGUCCCCAAUAGCUCCAGCGCUCACACUCUCCAUCCCGGGCCAGUUGCCGACAAGCAGAGAGAGAAGCAGCAAAACCCCAGGGAACCCAUCCCGAGACACAUCAGGGAGGAGCAGAUCAGACCCGCAGUGAAAACCACCUCCUACAGACAGGAAUUCCAACCCUGGGCUGGAGUUAAAGUGGUCAAACCUGUGAGGAUAAAGCAAGUGUACACCCCCCCAGGGGAUAAGAUUGUCCUUGAGAGCAGUUACAGGGCUGCCUUCACAGAGGAUGCCUUUCGACGUAUAGAACCACUGCAGGUUGCAUCCAGCAAGUCUCAGAACCAAAUAGCUUCAGUAACAGAGACGGACAAUGCAACAAAGACCGAGAGCCCAGAGCCGGUGGUGAAGACAAAGUUAUCACCAUCAUCGAAUUCGUCAGCGGUGUUCCAGAGUCGUUCCCGUGUGCUGAACAUAUAAACCCAGUCACAGCCUCCUCUUCGAAGGAGCCGGUCCCACUGCUGAAGUAGUCCCAGACUAAAGGCAGCUGCUUUAAAUCCACCACAACAAACUAUGCAAAACAAACCUUGGAGAAACGGAAUGCUGGCGUUUGAAGUGACCCUCACCUGGAUGUUUGUCUGCAAUUGCCUGAUAAAUACUUGGCCUUGUACAGUAGAUGAUAAACCGAGCGGUACUUGAACAAACCUCCAUUUAAUGUGUGUAUGCCUCAUCUGCAUGUUGGGUAAGGAUAGAUUGUUUAAUUGCGCACCAGAGACUUGGACAUCAAGCAAUAGGUCGGGCAAUAAAAGCUGAA